AUUAAUCAUUGAUUGAUUGCUCAUGCACGAUGUGGAUGUUAACCUGAUUAUAACAGAUUAAUGUAUGCCAAGAAUGACUGGUUAUGAUCUGCUGAGAAAAAUCAAGGAAUCUAAAUCACUUAAAAACAUACCAGUUGUGAUUAUGUCCUCUGAGAAUGUGCCAUCAAGGAUCAACAGAUGUUUGGAAGAAGGAGCAGAGGAAUUCUUUCUGAAACCAGUUCAACAAGUAGAUGUGAAUAAGCUGAAACCACAUUUGAUGAAAUCAAGAACUAAAGAAGAGAAUGAGCAACCAUUGAAUAACAAAAGCAAGGAUAUGGAAGAAAUUUAUUCUCCAAACAAAACCAGAUUGAGAUGUAGCAGUUAGAAGAAUUGGUUACAGAUUGAUCAAUAAAGCAUAGAUAGUGCUUAGAAAAUUUUCAUUUCUAUGUCAAAGUGCUGGUUGGAAAUUUGAAAAUUAGAUUACAAUCAAUGAGUCAAUUAUGCAGAAA